UGUUUAAAACAUGUCCGUGUGUUAGCUAGUUUCUAGCUAGCUAACCUCUACAGUUCAACAAGCACAACAUCUAAAAACAUAAAUAUCGUAGUAUGAAAGGAAAAACGAACAAAGGGAGCCGAGUGCGACUGAGCCCAAACGAAGAGGCGCAACUAAUUCGAGAAGAACUGGACAGAAGAAGGAAGCUACGAUUCCAGCAAGUACGGGAACAGGAGCGGUACGUUGCGCUGCAGGUCCGGCAUGAAGUGAAGGAAAGGAAGGAGAAAGAGCUUCAGAGUUUAGCUGAGACUCUUCGAGAAGAAUGGAAAAAGCAGCGGAGAAUAAGGAUACAAAGCCUGGAGAAACUCUUCGAUGAGAGCUUCCGAUCUGUAGGUCAGGGCCAUCGCAUUGCCAAACAGAACGAGCCUGAUUGGAACGCUUUGGCUUGGAAAAGGGAAUGGAAUGAGGAGCAAGCGGCAGAGCGGCAUCAGCGAGCGCUCCGAGACCUGAUAUCCUGCAGAAGAGCCCAAGAGCAGCAUCGUACUUGGCGUUCUGAAGCUCGUCAGAAAGCUCUGACAGUGGAGAAGGACAGGGCAAAAAAUGUUGCAAGCCUUCCUCUCCUUGCUCCUAAUCCCAUAGAGAAUAUUGGAAUUCAGAUGCUGCCACCACCAAAGAUGGCCAACCUAGAACAUUAUUCCAUCACACAUUACCAUGUACCAGAAACAGUGGUACACAGAGAGACAAACUUUGAACAGCCCAAUGCUCAGCAGACAGCAGUGCUGGAAGCUCAACGAUUGGAGCAUCUGAAGAGCGAAGAAGCGUUUGAUAGGAAGUUGCAGCUUGAGAAGGCACAGCUUAGAGGUGACCAUGCCCUUCGCAAAGAAAAAGUCAUUCAGGACCAAGCAAGGCUACUGAGUGAGUUGGAGCAAUUGCAGCAGGCUGAUCUGCAGCGGCGGAGUAGGGUGAUGAACAACUUGUCAGCGCACAUCUUCCAGCCUCUCUACAGACAUCAUGACCUCAGAACUGAGAAUCAGGAGAAGCUGGAAAUUGCCUUUCAGAACUGGUACACUUCAGAAAGAGAAGUCAAAGGAGACUUGGUACUUCAGCUUGUGCCAGAGCCUCUUCCUGCCCCAUCUGUUGAAAGUCAGGAUGAUGACCUGGAUGUGACCCUUGACCUUGAGAUGACACCUCAUGAAGAGUUAGAGGAAUGGGAGAAGUCAGUUACUCCUCCCACACAACCUGUAGCUCCCUCUGUAUGUGCUGUGGAUACUGGCCAGCAAGCUCUUAGUAGGCUGUUGGAGUGCAUCAGGAAUAAAAGCUCACAGAAGGGUGCAGUAGGUUAUGGAAGAUCUGCAAAGAGUAACAGUAUUGAAACAGGAUUUAUGAGUAACCAAGAGUGGGAUCAAGAUCUCAGCCUGGAACAGGAUGCUUCUUGCCACUUGGAGACUAAAAGUGAUACCAAAGUGGUCAAAGACACUUUUGUGACUGGUUCAGCACUGCAACCAGAAGAGAAUCUCUCAGAAGUGGAGAGAAGAGUGCAGGAAAGGGAUCUCUUGAGGCAACAGCUGGAGCAACUUGCUUUAUUGCAGGAGCUGGAGAAGAAACGUUACAAUUUGAAGCUCCAGUUGCAGGAGGCAAAGCAGUACAAGCAGAAGUUACAGCAGGCUUUACCAGUGCAUUCCAAGACAUGUAGUUUGCAAAAUUUGCCAGCAGAGCCACAAGAAGUUAUCCCUGGACCUGCUCCUGAUUUGGACCUUCCAUCUGAGGUUGAGUUGGGGAGAUUCACUGUUGUGGCAGAUAGCAUGCCUAUGCAGAGACUUCUGGACCAGAAACGUUGUAGACAUCAUAAGAAGUCUGUUGAAGAUGCUUGGUGGCAGCUGGAGGAAUACCAGAGAACUUUGAAAUUACGAUAUGCUGCUAUAACCAGUACGAUAGCCCAAACCCAACCAUAUCCUGUAACUGAGGAGACAAUUUGCCCUUUGACUGAUAUGGCACACCCUACUGCCCUAAUGCCCCUUUUGGAAGAUAAUACUGGCCUCCUCAUUCCUCUUGAGACAACAAGAAGUUACCAACAUUCUCCAUCCACUGAGUCACAGACAUCUGGAAACCCGUCACAGAGUCUGCUUCCCAAAAUUCACCAGCCCUCUGGGGUUGCGCUUGGUGCCUCAGACACCCAGCAGGAAGCUGCCAACAUGUCUCUGGUUUCAACCCUGGGAGCAAGCUCCUUAUCAAAGGAGUGCCCCAGAGAUGGUGCUUCUGAGCUAGAAGGGGUUCCUUUACCACCCCCUUCUGUGCUUCUGGAGCUCCUGCUGAGCCGGCAACCUUUUCCACCAAAUACCAAACUGGCCCCGCUUUAUCAGCAGUCCAAUGAAGUAAGGGGGUCAGAGAUGCAAGCAGACUGGUGGGACAAAGAGCAAAUAAGGAAACAAACACAGGCCCUUCAAACGUCUGUCAGAGCAGAACACAUUAAGAUGGAGUCAAACUCCCUCAUCGAGGAAAGUAACGGAAUACUCCCCCCAUGUAACAAUCAGUGCCAUGCCUGCACCUGCUCAUCCUUCCUUGUCUCAAGUGAAUGCUGUGUGUGUAAUUCAGAGAAGCCACCGGUCUCCCGUCCACCUCGUACACUCCAGAUCCUUUGGCAGAAUUUGGUGCAACACAAACUCAGUACCAUCCAGGAAGUGGACACACCAGCCAGUAUUAGCCUAGACAAAGGUGCUGAGGUGUGUAUGCAGAGGUUAUCCAAGGAUCACUCAUUUCACUCUGAAUCCAGCAGUGUGCCCAUGUCUCCGCCCAUUGUGGAGUCAUGGAAUAGGAAGGAACUAGACUCAGGCUCUGAUGUCAUGAGCUUGGAGAAUAGCACAUGCAGAGCCAGCAGAUUGUCAUGGAGAGAGACUUUACAACUAGCAUCGACAGGACCAAACGCACAAAGCAAUAUCACGGGUUCCAUGGGCCAGUUGCAGUUACAGGAGCCAGGGUUUGUUUUACCACAUGAUAGAGCUACUGCUGAGCCAGAUCUGUUUUCCACUACCAUCUCAACAGGCAGCUGUUCGAACUAUGAACAUAACCUCAAUCACUUCAAGACAGAUUCUUCUCCCCUCAGCAUUGAAUCAGCUGCAAGAGUAGGAGCCUCUUUGACUUGCUCCAGCAGCCCGAUUGGUUAUGGAUUGCCUAAGGCAGCUGGCUCCUCAGAGUUCAACAGUGGUCUGCAGUGCAUCAUUGAUAAAUACACUAAUGAGCUGGGCACAUCACUUAGAGAAGUUCAGACAGGUUUAUUUAAGGCAUGCUUGAGUCCCCAGUCCUCUUCUAGCACCCUGCAUGGGCAGAUAGUAGACAUUCAGCAGGUUUCAUGUGACUCAGAUGCUUCCCAUUACUUUAGGAACAACAAUCUGCAGAGAGAACCCAUACACAGAGAGUUUCCCUCAAAGGAGGCAAGAUCAGAAGUGCCUUUGAAUCUCCAAGUGCACUAUGGUCAUCCAUGCAGAUGUAGUACAGGACACCAAUCUGCAGCUGGUCCUUCAGACUUUUCUAAGUGGAAAAAAAUACUGGAUCCAUACACUGAGAAGGGCAUAUACGAAGAAUCUGAGAUUUCUUUGGUCAGUUUGUCAGACACAACACUAGAAUAUAACGACUACAAAACCCCACAUCUUGAAGAGGAGCAGAGUGAAGCAAGAGAAGCCAGAGAGAGGCAAGAGAAAGAGGGUGUUGGAGCCAGCAAACUGGAAGAACCUCAUCGUAAUGACAUUGAGAAAAGCCACUUGAAGGAUCAACCAAUACUUGCAUCACAUGCAUGUAACUUGCAUACAGCAGAUGUUGGAGAAUCCAAUGGCUAAGCAGAGAAGAUAAAACUGCAUUGCUACCUUCUUUAGUUUGAGUGGGGUUUGUCUAGAUGUUUUCACUGCAAUUUUAUUAAUACUUUGUGUGGGGUUUUUUUUUUUUAUAACCUUUUUCAAAAUUAAUCUGCACAUUUAAAAUUGUCUAGGGUUCGUGUACAAUAUGUGGGCUUUCAAACUAAUAAUUAAGUUGGCCAACUUGCUGACUUUUUUUUUUUACUGCUUCCUUUUUAACCUAUUACCACAUAAAAUGAAUAAAAGCUAUUUUUAUGAUAGAACCAUGGAACUUAUGCUUUUAGAGUUGGCCCACCUGAAUUCAUCCCUCUGUCCAAUCAAUUUUUUUUUCAUCCCAUCAAUGUCCCUUCUUUCAAAUAAAAAAAAAAAUUACAUAUGAAAAUUGGUAC